UGUUUUUUUUUCGUAUAAGAACAGCAUUUAUACUGCUGAAUAGCGGGCUGGGAAUUUGUGAAUAUAGUGAACUUUCCGGUAAGACCGUAAAUGUGUAGUUGAAAAGUAAUAUCCAGUAAUAAAGCAUCUUGAAGCUGUACACUGAACGCGGAACACCGAGUCGUGGCUCCACGAUUGAAAUACGUUCUGUGGUGGAAUAUAGUCCCGCAGAUAACUGUGCGGGAGCUAACCGUUUACGUGGGCAGCAUUUUCAUCCUUACAAUAAGGUGGCAGAUGUGAGCGGCAGCUGAGACCACGGGAUCACAUCACAUCUGGUGCCGAGAGGAGGGUUCAGUAACCGGAGCCGGCGCUCGCACUGUACACCUGCCUUACAGUCACUGCGGUCACCGCGGGCGAGGACAGUCUGUGAGUGUUGCUUUGAUCCCAGCGUCCGCAGAUUAUUUUGUGUGUACCAUUGACUGCGGCUCCGUGGGCUGCUACUCGGAUGAACUCGGCCCGCUCAGUGCAGACGGUGGAGAGCAGCAAAGAAUUGGCUAGUGUUUCCGAAUUUUCAGCUGAAGGAAGGAAAAGGAAAGAAGAAAGCUUUACACUGCCCUGGGGUUUUGUGCCAUGAGAAAUGCUUCACUUGUGCUUUUCCCUCACUAUUGCGUUGUUGUGCAUCAUAACAGGGACUCUUUCAGAUUAUUGCAGCGAAACACUUCGCUAUUCGGAUGCUAUAGUUUCUCCCAACCUGAAGACGACCAAAAUCCUACGGGUUCCGCCGGCGGUUUCGAUGUCUGAAUGCAUAUCAGCCUGCUGUGACUUCCCUGACUGUGACUUGGCGUGGAUGUUUGAGGGUCAUUGUUACAUUAUGAGCUGUCAGAAUAUGGAGGAGUGUGAACCAAAGAAGACCAGCACCAUGGAGUCUUACUUGACCUUUGUGCGCAGGUCGAGCAUGCAGGCAGCCUCUUACAAAAGCAGAGGAUAUUCCACGGGGAUGGAGGAAGAAUCAACUUCAGUGGAGAGGGACAGUAAUCUGGAAGAUCUCUAUGCGGAACACCUGAGCCUUGAUGAUGCUAUAGCAGCGGAGUCCACAGGAAAUUACAAGGAAAUGCCCAUUACUGGUGGGAAUUUACAGGAUUCCAGCAAGGAUCAGGAACCGAUACAUAGGUCACAAGGCUGGUUUGUGUGGGACUCCAAAUAUGAUCUCAAUGUGUCUCCGGUGACCGCUGGUAAGCUCAGUGAUAAAAAUGAGGAGGUUAAGUCAGCUGGAGUUCACAGCAGGGUUCCUCUAGACAUGACUGUUCCAAAGAAUGGAUCUCAGCAAGAGGAGUGGGUUGAUGAUGCAAAGGAAGAGGCAAGAGAUACUGCGACAUUUCUCCCACUGGAGUUGGUGCGUAAAGGAGAUCUUCAGCGCAAUUCAAAUGAAACUAAAAAUGGCAUCCAAGAGGAAGAUGUCUUUUCUUCAAAUUCAUCACUUCCCAAAUCAGUCACUGCGAUGCCUGGUUCGGGGACCAACAGCUUUGCAGUCACACAUCAGGAAGGGCCUGGAGAAGGUGUGCAAGCUGUAACUCCCAUAUCUGAAAACUCUCUGGCCUCACAGUCUGCUGUCACAGAGUCUGCAGAAAAUAAGCAACGAGUGAAGGAACUGAUUGUAUCAGCUGGAACUAAUGUAGUGAUCACUCAACCCAAAAAUUCUGUGGAACUGAAUACCUUUGUACUCCCUGCUCCAUCUGCAGAAUCACCUUACAGUUACAAAUGGAGUUUAGUGAGCCAUCCUGUGGGCUUCGAAGGUUUGAUGGAAGGCAAGGAUUCCCAGACACUGAAGCUAUCUCAGUUGUCAGAGGGCCUGUAUGUUUUCAGAGUCUCAGUGUCUGGAGAUGGUGCUUAUGGAGAAAGCUUUGUCAACGUCACGGUGAAUCCUGCCACACGUGUCAACCAGUCUCCAGUAGCCAUCGCCUCUCCAGAGGUACAGGAAGUGUCCUUGCCUACGAUGUCAACGUUUAUCGAUGGAAGUCGAAGUACUGAUGAUGACAGGAUCGUUAGCUACCGCUGGGAGGAGAUUAAGGGCCCUCUGCGAGAACAGAAGGCAUCAGGAAACACAGCCAUUCUGCACCUGUCCAACCUAGUUACUGGUAACUACACAUUUAGACUUACUGUACUGGACUCAGAUGGGGCCGAGAACUCAACUACUGCCAGAGUUAUUGUCAGCAAGCCGAUGGACUAUCCGCCCAUUGCCAAUGCUGGUCCGAACCAAGUGGUAACCCUACCAUGUAAUAACAUCACCCUGAAUGGGAACCAGAGCACAGAUGAUCACAAGAUUGUAAGCUAUGAGUGGUCACUCGGUCCUAACAGUAAGGGCAAGGUCGUUGCUAUGCAGGGUGUGCGGAGUCCUUACCUUCAGCUGUCAGCGAUGCAGGAAGGCGAUUACACGUUUCAGCUGACUGUCACAGACUCUGCAGGGCAGCAGUCCUCAGCAGAAGUUACUGUCAUCAUACAGCCUGAAAACAACAGCCCUCCUGUGGCAAUCGUGGGCCCUGAUAAAGAAUUAAUAAGCCCAGUUGAAAGUACUACUUUGAAUGGAGAAGGGAGUACUGACGACCAGGGUAUUGUGUCAUACCACUGGGAGAAAAUCAGUGGUUCUGAUGUGAAAAUUGAAGGUAAGGACAAGGCUGUAGCCACGGUCUUGGGUCUCCAUGUUGGGAUGUACCAGUUUAGAUUAACUGUCACUGACCAACAGGGGCUGAACAGCUCAAAGACUCUGACGAUCACCAUCAAAGAAGAGAUCAACAAUCGUCCUGUGGCUAAUGCUGGAGGUAACCAAUUUUUGACAUUACCCAACAACUCCAUCACUCUGGAUGGCUCCAGAUCUACUGAUGACCAAGCCAUUGUAUCUUACCUGUGGACUAGAGGUGGCCAGAGUCCAGCUGCAGGUGAGGUAAUGCGUGGCUCAGACCACGAUGCAGCACUUCAGCUGGUCAACCUCGUCGAAGGGAAGUACAUUUUUCACCUGAAAGUCACUGAUGCAAAGGGCGAGUCGGACACAGACAGCGCCAUUGUUGAAGUGAGGCCAGCAGACCCAAAGAAGAAUGACCUGGUAGAGCUGGUGCUCCAAGUCCACGUGAGCAACCUGUCUGAGCAGCAGAAGGGCACUCUUGUGCGGCAGCUGGCAGUACUGCUCGGGGUCCUGGAUAAAGACAUCAACAUCCAGAAGAUUCAGGCACAUUCUGAGUCCAGCACAGCAUUAACAUUCUACGUCCAAGGUGGGCAGCCAGACCGUGUGUACAAAGGGGUGGAUGUGGUGAGGACUUUGCAGAAACAGCUAGUGAGAGAGAAGGUGGACUUUUUGCUUUUUAAGACCCUGAAUAUAGAUACAGUUGUUUGCUUUCGGAAGUGCUCUGCUCACGGGGACUGUGACCCAUUUACCAAGCGUUGUGUCUGCUACCCGUUCUGGAUGGAGAAUCUCAUGCGGCGUUACGUUGGAGACGGAGAAAGCAACUGUGAGUGGAACAUAUUAUACGUGAUUCUGUCAAUGUUUCUAACAAUCAUCAUCAUUGGAGGAAUUUGCUGGACUUGUAUUUGUUGUUGUAGGAGAAAGAGGACAAAAAUAAGGAAGAAAAACAAGUAUACUAUUUUGGACAAUAUGGAUGACCAAGAACAGGUGGCAUUGAGACCUAAGUAUGGUGUGAAACACAAAAGCACCGAACACAAUUCGAGUCUAAUGGUAUCGGAAUCAGAGUUUGAGAGUGAUCAGAACAUACUGUUUAGCAGAGAAUCCAUCGAGACCGAGAACUUUAAAGCUGAGCAGAGGAAGAAAAAAAAGUGGAUGAUUCUAAAGACAGUAAAGCAUUUUUUAAACUGCAGAAUUUUGGUGUACUCUGGAAAAGACUAAUGGAAGGUCUGAAGGAAAAGUUGAAAAUUUUGGUUAGGUUCACUACGAUGAGCAAUCCUUAACUGCAGAAUGGUUUGCCAGAUUGUAUCCCUUGAAAGACUUAUGUCAGCUUCCUGUAGCUUUGUGAUUCCAGCCAUUUCUGUUAGUUCUGUGUGCAAAUGUGAGAUAAGUCAGCAGCGGCAACAUAAAGGGAUCUGGAUCAAACCUCUAUAAGUGCUUUCUCUAUUUACAUUGAAAUACCAUUUGAUAAUGUUUACAGUCUAGCAAACAUAAAGUGCAUUUGAAAAACCUCAUGAGGCAUUUAAUGAUAAACAUUAAGGCUGCAAAAUUAAAUGUAGCUAAAAUAAAGUUCUUUGUGUUUGUAACCAUGAAAACCAUUUGUGCUAUAAAGCAUAUAUUCAGGAAUCUUCCUGUGCAAAACCUGUUGACCAAUUGGUCAGGUCAACAUACAGAUGAAAAACUAAAAAAACAAAGCUGUAGGAAGAAUUACUGAUUCAAAUUAGAAACCUCAUUUGGUAUAAUUGUCAUAAUUGAGGCUGGAGGAACAAUUAAUAAUUCCCCUCCGAAUUUAUGCAAUUGUCCCCAGUGAGAAACUACUCCCGAUACAUAUUGUGCAUUUUCUGGAAGUGUCACCCUCAAAACAACUGGAUGAGUUACUUUUUAUAUCUUCUAAACUGGAGGGACUGGACACUGAGAUUAAUGCAUUGGGUUAUAGACACUAAACAGGAUAAUGGAUUGCCAUGCUCUUCCAACAGUGUUAUGGGAUCUUUAAACUACAGUGUACAAAAAUAAAAGUCAAAGAAAUAAACAACCGGCAGGCUUAUCUGACUGGCGGCAAAUGAACUGCCAGUGCCUCCCUUUAAAUGUCUGUGUCUUCAGUUCUGUGUUUCCCUGCAACUCCCUCUAGAGGAGCAAGCCCCAGCAGCCAAUGAUAGGCUACUUGAGAGACUGAGUUGGGAAGAGGACAUUCUCUUGCCUGAUAUCUUGGGCAUUUUCCCUGUGAGUACUCCAUUACUCUUGCUGAAGCAUUUUUAUUACUCCGUGUCAUUGUAUGAAUCUGUUCCUGUUGGCUUUUUAAACUACAUGAAGAAAUGUGGAGGUUGAAGAAAUUUAAUUAAUUUGUUAGGUUUACAUAUUCUCUCACAGGCCUAGAACUGUGUGUUUGGAGAAGGCAGGCCAAAUGCUUUUUGCUGUGGAUGAGUUACCUUGAGGAUUUGGAUGAACGAUAAGUAAUUUAAUCUACAGAAUAAGAUGCACUUCAUUGCCUUUUGACCAUUCUAUCCUCCAGUAUCCUGAUAUGAAAAAAUUAUAGCUUUGGUAAAUUCAGCACCUCCUGCUUUAAAUGUUCCUUCAUGUUCCAGUGGAAUCAGAUUCCCAAUAUACUUGCAUCAAUGGCAUUAUACAUCAUUUAAAGAAUUCCAGAACAAAAAAUGUCCACCCUCAAGGUAACAGGUGAUUAAGAAAAUUUCAUGCACCAGUGAUUUUCUAUGUUGAUCCCAAACCCGAAUUAAUUUUGCUUCUGUACAGUUUAGUUGUCAAUAAAUUUACAAAUUCUUUAGCCUGAACUACUCAGUGUACCAUGGUAAUAUUUUCUGCUGCUUUGGAGGAAUUAUGAACAUAAAACUGUUCUAAUAGUACCAGCAGAAGUUCAAAAUAGAACACAAUUAGACCAGUAGCAGAGGAUACCAUGUUCCCUAGAUUUGUUCUUCACAUUCCUUUACAGGGAAUUAUCCAGUAUUUGUUAAAAUAUACACAUUCCUUUUUCUCUUGAAUGAUGGAAAGGCCUUAAGGUUUACACUACAGAAAACUUGAAUGUGUGUUUAGGUUUUAGGGAUUUGCCAUUGCCAAGCAGGUUAUUUUGCAUAAGAAUACUAAAUUAAUACAAAUAAUGCACCUAUUACCAAUUAGUGGCUAACCCAAGUAUCCAGGAGUCACUGAAACAAACAUAGCCUAAACAAUAU